AUGGCCUCAAUUGAUUUACAGGACGAAUUUUUAUUGUUUAACGAAAAAUUAUAUGAAUUUAAUUGCUUACCCUUUGGUUUAUGCACUGCACCCUACGUAUUUACAAAAUUGUUAAAACCAGUAGCACAAAAGUUGAGAAGUGAAGGACUAUUAUCUGUUAUCUACUUAGAUGACAUUCUUUUAAUAGCAAGGUCAAAAGAAGAAUGGUUCAUUUUAAAUAGUUCUCAAUUCACAAUAGAAGUUACUCAAGAAAAAAGACAAAAAAUCUAUAAUCUAGCAAGAAGUUUAAAACUUAAAGCGAAGUGUCGUAUAAGAGAAUUAGCUCAUUGCAUCGGUGUUCUUGUUGCAGCGUGUCCGGGUGUAAAAUACGGGUGGCUCUAUACUAAAGUAAUGGAGAGACAAAAAUUCUUAGCACUAGAAAAAUCCAAAGGAGACUAUGAAGACUAUAUAAUAAUUUCGAAUGAGACUAAAAAUGAUUUAGACUGGUGGAUUAAAAAUAUCCCUCAUAUAAAAAAUCCUAUCCGAGUUUCGCAUUUUAAACUAGAAAUAUAUUCAGACGCGUCAUUAACAGGUUGGGGGGCUUAUUGUCAAGGAGAAAAAGCACACGGUUGGUGGAAUCUAGAUGAAAGAAUAGAGCAUAUUAAUUUGUUGGAAUUAAAAGCAGUAUUUAAUAGUUUAAAAUGUUUUGCGAAAAAUCUUAGAUCGUGUCAUAUCUUACUUCGCGUUGAUAAUACCACUGCCAUCUCUUAUGUAAAUCGGAUGGGUGGCGUGCAAUAUAAAAAAUUGAAUAAUACAGCUAGACAAAUUUGGGAAUGGUGCGAAGCAAGAAAUUUAUGGAUCUUUGCCUCGUAUAUAAAGUCGAAAGAUAAUACAAUUGCGGAUAAAGAAUCUCGCCUCCUAGCACCGGAAACUGAAUGGGAAAUGAACGAAAAAUAUUUUCAACAAAUCGUGAGAAAUUUCGGAAAUUUUGAUAUUGAUCUCUUCGCAAGUUAUACCAAUAAAAAAUGUGAUCGCUUCAUUUCUUGGUAUAGAGAUCCCGAGUCUUUGGCUAUUGACGCCUUUACGAUUUCUUGGGCAAAUGAUUAUUUUUAUGCGUUUCCUCCCUUUUCCCUAGUGUUAAGAGUCCUUAGAAAAGUAAUUGAUGACAGAGCAGAUGGUGUUAUAAAAACGCCAUCCUCUAGCCAACAAACUUACCCUGGUGGCAGGGAGCUUAUCAGGGAAGCUUUUCUCAAGAAAGGAGUUCCAGAAUCAGGGAUUGAACUAAUGUUACGGUCAUUAUCUUCGUCGACAAUUAAGCAAUAUGAGAAGCCUAUGAGAUUAUGGUGGCUUUACUGCAAGGAAAAAGAUAUUUCAAUGUUCAAUGCUAACGCUACCACCGUUAUAGAUUUUUUGGCAAAUAUUCUACCUAACCGCACAGUACUCGACAUGCAUCCACAUCAGCGGCUGAAAGGCAUGGUAUCAACAUCGACACCAUCCGUCAAACCGCUGGGUGGACAGCAAAUUCCAAAGUCUUCGCCUUAUUUUAUAAACGUCCGAUUAUCGAUAAAACUAAUUACGCAAAAGCGAUAUUAA